AUGCAAGAAACGUCCAGUGAAGACAUCGGUGCCCUUGGAAAGCUACUGGAGAACCCGAGCCCAGAGAGAGGCGGUGAAACAGGUGUCAGCGCUCUUGGGGCCAACGCGAAGCAGCACGUUUCCGUAGGCUCUACAGCGGAGUUUGACCGAGCGGGUACGAGCGCCAACAGUACACAUGUAUCGAAAGAAGAAUCUUCAAGUCGAGUUUUAGGCGGAUUUUUUGAUAUACACCAGAGAGAGCCACCACCCGUUUCGCGUUGGCCGUGGUCAGCGACACACGGGAGCGCAAGCGGUUCUCAGUCGACGUGCCCCGGCAGUGAUGAAACCAAAAACGGGGGAGAAGUAGCGCGUGACGCCAAAGAGGCCAUGCAGUCGCGUACCUAUACGUCUCUUGGUGGAGCUACUCGCGAGGUAUUGCGUGGUUCUGGUUACGGGGCGCCUGUGAAGGACCCACUGGCUCAUGAUGACAACGACAGAAGCAGCCAAGGCAUUGGCUAUGUAAGUAGCACGAAAUGGAGAGGUUUAUCAAAUCAGGGUACACCUCUGUCAAUGGACUACGGUGCCAGGGAAACGAGCAGCGUGCAGCGCAUCACGAGCGACCUCAAACACCUAGCAUUGUCGGCACUGAAUGGAUCACCGCUUGGCUUUGCGGAUUCCCCGGAAGGCAACGCCAUGUCCAGUAUGGACGUGAGCGAUCUGCUUUCAGUCUGCAAGCACGAGUCUUUCCAGCCGCGAUCAAUGGUCAUCGAGCAGCAAGUCGCGCAAACGCCGCAGCGACGUGAGUCGGUGAGCUACCACAUGGACCUCGCUGUGGAUGAAAGCUCUGGUUUGCAACGUGACAGGUUCGUGCAGGCACUGGGUUCGGGACACAGCACCGCACCGGGCAAGGAACUGGACCCUGUUGUGGUUCAAAGCUUCGGAGCGGAGCCAGGGACGCACGACGCCACCGAGCGACUUGGGAAAGGCACUAGGUCCGAGCGCAUUUCCACAGCUUUCGCAGAAUCUUUGCCAAUGCCCGCGUCUCGCCCAGAGACGGACACUCUCUUGCACCGGUAUGAUCGUACUGAUGAGAAGGCCGCCGAUGCACGAGAAUGGAUCAGAGCAAACCGAUCACCGAUUACAGACCAGGGCUCGCUCUCAGUUUCUCAGUCUGUCUAUCAGCAUGGAAACAUUCCCCGUGGUACGCGUUCAGAGGCGGCAGACGACGCUUUGAAUGGGUCAGCAGCGACGCAACUGCGCAGCGAUGCAUUUCACUCGAGUUCCCGUGUAUGGGGAUCUGCGCAACCCGAAUAUCCCGGUGUCGAGCAGCGUGUCCACGAGGUGGUCCAUAUAUCCCGGCGACUUUCAGCGCUCGACAAGACGCGCAGUACUUGGAGUGAAGAGACGUCCCGCGGUCCACGUGUGCCCGCCGGCGAUCCCGAUUCAUUUCGUCAGGAGGCCGCGAGACUUGUUGAAAGAAUUCGCCAGCUCGAAGGUGAUUUACAUCGUUCAUCAAAGGAGCAUCCGCGAGCAAAUCCAGUGCGGGGCUCGGUCGCGCCUCCAGAGCGCCGCCGCUGCACCCCCGAAACGCUUCCCGUUGGAGCUAUAGAGUCGAGAGCGCCUGAUGUGCCAGCAUCAAGUUCAGCGCAUGUGGACGACGGUUUGGCCGUCGACCACCGUAGCACCGGAGCAGAGCACGUCGCAUCUGGUGGCGUCUUUCGGGAGACUGGAAUCGGAGCCCGACGAGAUCUUGAUUCUACGGCACGUGAGCGUUUCCGAGAAACGCCUUCGCAUGUACCUAAUGCAUUGCUCUCUGGGGAACGUCCACUGGACGAGCAGGGGCUGCUCGAAGCGCAUGAGCUGCGGCGCUCACCGACGCUGUCAACAGUAGAUUCGACCCCAGUCAGCGUAUCGCCGCUUCACACGCCGGUUGCGCGGCAAAGCUCCAUAGAGCGCCGAUCGCUAGCAGCCUCGGACCAUGCAAGUUGGUCGCAACCCGCACCUGACCACUCGGAACGGCACCAUACACAUGUUCAGACGAGUGGUCAAGAAGCUUUUAGCGAAUUGCCACGAGCAACACUACGUCAACGGCUAGAAAUCACCCUACGGCAACUUGGUGAACUGCAGGCUGUCGUAGACCAGCAGUUUGAAGUAAUCGCUCGACUAGACGAAGAAAGGAGCGCCUUACAAGAGCGGCUCGCAGACACCACCGCGCCCUCAACGCCCAUGCGUACGGCGAGUACGCAAACCGAAUACUCCAAGCUCACAGCGUCAUCGGAUGAUGAUGAUGAUGAACAACCACCAACAGCCGUGUACUGGCAACGCAAGUACGAGCAAGCCUGUCGCGAAUACCGCUUCUAUGCUUCCCAAAAAUCACAGGCGCUUCGUAUUGCACAGCUCCGAAACGCGAAACUCGAACGCCUCGUCGAACGCCUCCAAAAGCAGCUUCACGAGGCCGAAGCCGACAUCACCGUCGCCAGGGAACGCUUGACGAGGCUGCGACGAGAGCACCAGCGUUUGCGGACCUGGGUCCUGGAGAACGGCCUCACUUUGAGUCCCCUGCAAAAGCUAGAGCGUGAAAGCCCUAGUCCGUGA